AUUAAAUUAAUACUUAAUUAUAGUAAAUCUCUUUAAUUAGAAGUUUAGAACAAACACCAUUAACCUUGAUACCUAAUCCAAAUUCAUUAAAUCCCCAAUUUCUUUCCUGAUUUCUUCUCCAACCCAUUUAACUUCUAACGUGCAAAAACUCUUUCAUGCUCCCUUCAAUUUUCUUAAAUGCAGAAAAUUUAUUUGUGGGUCCAAGAUCAAAGGUUUCAGUCUUUUCUUCUUCUCUCUUCUAGUAUUAUACGUUGAAUUAAUGGUUGAUUAAACUUGUUGAUUUCAUAUUUCUUGAUCAAGUUGUAAUCUUUAGGUGCUUAAUUUUUCUGGGUUUUGAUCAAUUGUUUUUGAAUUGCUCUUAUUUGUGCAUAUAAUUGUAGAAAUGUGAAAUUGAAUUUAGGGUUUAUAGGGUUUUGUGAUUAUAAUAAUUAAUCUUUGUUGGGAUUGUUAAUUGGAAAAUUUGCAGUGAAAUGGGUAUAUAUUAGGAAUUCAGCAGAUUAAUCUUGGGGUUUGAGAAAGAGGGAUUGAGUAAUUUGUUUAGAGGUUGAAGAUUAAGUUUUGGUGUUGUUGAAUUAAUUUGGUGGAAAGUUGGAUAAUUCAAAACUUCAGGGUUUUUAGGAAAUGGGUUCUUCUGGUUUUCCUGUAAUAUGUCUUCUACACUCAGUAAUUGCUCUUGCUUGUGGAGCUAUGAUGAUGUUUUAUACUAAAGAAAUCGCGGUAUUUGGUCAUGGUAAAGAAAUUGGUAGUAAACUUCAAGGAUCAACCCCUCAUGAUGAGCUAUUAAUCCAAACAUCUGAAUCAUUUUCUGGGUUGCUUCUGUUUGUGAUUGGAUUUCUUCUGUUUAUGGUUGCAUUUGUUAAGGACAAUAAGUUUCAGAGCUUUUUUGCCAAGGGAUGUGUGAUCCUACACCUUUUGAUGGCUGUUUGGAGGGUAUACUUUGAGACGAAUGUCGAGCAUCUUGCCCAUGAUUUGCCUAGGCAGGUUGUUGGUGAUGUUGCAUUAGCACUUUCAUGGGUUUUCUUUCUCCUCUAUUCGUGGCGAGAGAAGUAUGAUUGAGUGUAAUGGUACUGGCCUAAUGGGGGUUGUGCAAAGUAUUUUUUAAAGCUUUUACAAUGGAAAUUGCUGAUCACUACAACUAUUUCACAUUCUUUGGUUGCAUUCGUGUACUCUUUAGUGAUCCAAAGAAUUUGAUUUGAAGAUCAACUUCGACAAACGAAUUCUUCAAAGGUUUUUAAUGCUUUCUGUGCUGCUGAUUCAGUUAUGAAUUAGGGUCAAAUUAUUGUAAAAGCAGAGCUCAUAUGCCAGUUUCAUGUGCUACCCUGGUACCACAUCCUGAAUAAAAUUGGCCUGUGUGUUAUUGAGUGUCCUCUUCCCUGUAAAAAAAAAUGAUAAAGCUUGUCUAUAACUGCUAGCUUGUUAUCUUCAAAAUCUAUCCAAUCUGUACAGCACACAAUGUAAAUUUCGUAAAUUAAUGUCACUUGUCAUUGUAAGUAUUGUUUGGUUGAUAUAUGAUAUGAUCUUACACGCAUGACCA